GCGUGAAUCAAAAUAAUUUUUUAGCACAACUUCCCAUAAAUAUGUUGUGCUAGUAUCGUGAAAGCUAAGAACGAUGAGCUUUUCUAGCGAUGAAGUGAAUUUCUUGGUUUACCGAUACCUUCAAGAGUCCGGAUUCCAACAUUCUGCAUAUACAUUUGGCAUAGAAUCACAUAUAUCACAAAGUAAUAUAAAUGGAGCAUUAGUACCACCUGCAGCACUUUUAUCAAUCUUACAAAAAGGCUUGCAAUAUACAGAAGCAGAAAUAUCAAUAGGUGAAGAUGGCACUGAACAAAGAAUGGUUGAAUCCUUGUCCCUUAUUGAUGCUGUUAUGCCAGAUGUUGUUGCAUCAAGGCAGAAUCAAAUUAAUCAGCAAAAACAACAGGUGAAAACAGAAGUACAAGAUACAAAUGGAGAAGAAGUUGUUACCUCCAAUGAAGGUGUUGGCACAAAUGAGAGGGGAGGAGAUAGGGCAGAAAUGGAAGUAGAUGAACAACAACAAAGUUCAGGCAGAGGAACCAAUACUAGCACCGUUGAAAUCCCAGACACUAAAGCUACAAUAUUACGUGGUCAUGAAUCAGAAGUUUUUAUAUGUGCGUGGAAUCCGACAACUGACCUUUUAGCAUCUGGUUCAGGAGACAGUACAGCUCGUAUUUGGGAUAUGUCUGGUAGUUCUCAAGCUCCAAAUCAGCUUGUCCUUCGUCAUUGCAUACAAAAGGGUGGUACUGAAGUACCAAGUAAUAAAGAUGUUACUUCAUUAGAUUGGAAGUGUGAUGGUACCUUACUAGCAACAGGAAGUUAUGAUGGUUAUGCACGAAUCUGGAAAACAGAUGGCAAAUUAGCUUCUACAUUAGGUCAACACAAAGGUCCGAUUUUUGCAUUAAAAUGGAACAAACGGGGAAACUACAUAUUAAGUGCUGGAGUGGAUAAAACAACAAUUAUAUGGGAUGCUGAAAGUGGGCAAUGUACUCAACAAUUCAGUUUUCAUUGUGCACCUGCAUUAGAUGUUGAUUGGCAAACUAACACAUCAUUUGCUAGUUGUUCCACUGACCAAUGCAUUCAUGUAUGCAAACUUAAUGUUGAUAAACCAAUUAAGAGCUUCCAAGGUCACACGAAUGAAGUUAAUGCGAUUAAAUGGGAUCCUCAAGGCAAUUUACUGGCUAGUUGUUCAGAUGAUAUGAGUCUUAAAAUUUGGUCUAUGAAGCAAGAUACAUGGGUACAUGAUCUCCAAGCUCACAGCAAAGAAAUAUAUACCAUUAAAUGGUCACCAACUGGACCUGGAACUCAUAAUCCAAAUAUGAAUUUGACAUUAGCUAGUGCAUCUUUUGAUUCUACUGUAAGAUUAUGGGACGUAGAAAGGGGUGCAUGCAUACACACACUUACAAAACACACAGAACCAGUAUACAGCGUAGCAUUUAGCCCAGAUGGUAAAUUCCUAGCUAGUGGAAGUUUUGACAAAUGUGUUCAUAUUUGGUCCACUCAGAGUGGUCAGUUGGUGCACAGUUACCAAGGUACUGGAGGAAUUUUCGAAGUGUGUUGGAACAGUCGAGGAGAUAAAGUUGGUGCUUCUGCAUCUGAUGGCAGUGUAUUUGUUCUUGACCUUCGUAAAAUGUGAUCACAAUCCUAUAGUAGAGUAUACUUAAUUUUCAGGACUUACUACGAUUUUAAGUUACCUUCAGCACCUUUGUUUUACUUCCAUUUAAUUCUUCAUUUCUCGGAAUA